GCACUGCUACCGACAGGCUUUCCUCUUCCGGGUCCCCGCUGCCCGGUCUGGCGCAUGCGCCCCUGCCGGCUGGUGGCUCGCGGCUCCUUCUUCCGGCCUCCCCCUUGGGUAGGCUCCUGUUGAAGCGGGGCGAACGCUGAGCCCUCAGCCGGUGACCUGUGACCCCGGAAGCGGACCCCCGGGUCGCGGGGCGAACCCCGGGCCGGCGCCGAGGAAACGGUCUCUGUCCCCCCCCCCCAUCCCCGGAGCGCCCGCCCCACGCCCACCUCUGGAUGCGGCGGACCCCUGGCCGGCCCGCGCCCCGCGCCUCCCCGCCGGCGCGGCCCCUCGGAGCAGCCCGGGGCCGGGGGAGGGUGUCCGACCCCCGUGCCUGAUGCGGCGGCGGCCCCCGCGCGCCCCGCCCGCGCCCGCGCCCGCGCCCCACUGACCGCGCCCCGCCCGCGCCCCGCCAAGCCCGCGCCCCGCCGAGCCCGCUCCCCGCCGGGGAGGCCAUGGCGUGAGCGCGGGACCGGCCCCGGGGCCCGGGGCGCCAGGCGGGGCAUGGGCCGGGGGCCGCCCCGAUGAGGGGCCCGGGAGCGGGCGCGCAGCAGCGGCGGGGCCAUGGGGUCGCAGGUGCUGCAGAUCCUGCGCCAGGGGGUGUGGGCCUCGCUCACCGGCGGCUGGUUCUUCGACCCGCACCAGAGCACCUUCUCCAACUGCUUCCACCUGUACGUGUGGCUCUUCCUGCUCGUGCUCCCCUUCCUGCUGUACAUGGUCCUGCCCCCCAGCCUGAUGGUGGCCGGCGCCUACUGCCUGGCGGUGGCCGUCACCUUCACCACCAUCAAGACCGUCAACUACCGCCUGCACGCCAUGUUCGACCAGGGCGAGAUCGUGGAGAAGCGCAGCUCGGCGGCCGGGGAGCCCGAGGAGGAGGAGGAGGAGGAGGAGGAGGAGGAGGAGGCCGCGGCGGCCCCCGGGGACAUCGAUCCGCCCAGGGACCCGGGCGUGGAGAUGACGGUGUUCAGGAAGGUCAGCUCCACGCCGCCAGUGCGCUGUAGCUCGCAGCAUUCCGUGUUCGGCUUCAACCAGGUCUCGGAGCUGCUGCCCCGGAUAGAGGACUCAGGGCCCCUGAGAGACAUCAAGGAGCUGGUGCGGGAGCAGGGCAGCAACAACGUGAUCGUGACCUCGGCCGACCGCGAGAUGCUGAAGCUGAGUUCCCAGGAGAGACUGAUCAGAGCCCUUCCACAGACGCCCCCGGGGGCUGCCCUGGACCCCUCGCUCCCCAGCACGGACUCUUCAGAGCGCUCUCCCCUGGCUGGUGACGGAGCCCCCUGGAGCGCCAGCAGCGUGGCCGACACCCCUCUGAGUCCCCUGCUGAAGGGCAGCCUGAGCCAGGAGCUGAGCAGGAGCUUCCUGACCCUGAGCCUGACCCGGCCCGACCGGGCCCUGGUGAGGACCAGCAGUCGCCGGGAACAGCGGCAGGGCGGGGGCGGCUACCAGCCCCUGGAGCGGCGGGGUUCGGGGGAGCCCACCCCGCAGAAAGCCGGCUCCUCGGACUCCUGCUUCAGCGGCACCGACAGGGAGACGCUGAGCAGCUUCAAGAGCGAGAAGACGAACUCGACCCACUUGGACAGCCCGCCGGGCGGGCAGGCCGCCGAGGGCAGUGACACGGACCCGCCUUCUGAGGCCGAGCUGCCCGCCUCGCCGGACGCCGGCGUCCCCUCGGAUGACACCCUGCGGUCCUUUGACACGGUGAUCGGAGCGGGGACGCCGCCCCACCAGACCGAGCCUCUCCCGGUCGUGCGGCCCAAGGACCUGGCCCUGCUGCGGCGCCCCCCAGUGCGGAGACACUCCCCGCCAGGCCGGGCCCCGAGGCGGCCCCUGCUGGAGGGCGCGGCUUUCUUCGAAGACGAGGACACCAGUGAAGGCAGUGAGCUGAGCCCGGCCUCCAGCCUGCGCUCCCAGCGCCGCUACAGCACCGACAGCUCCUCGUCCACCUCCUGCUACUCCCCCGAGGGCUCGCGGGGGGUGGCGGGGGGACCCCGGAAACGACGGGCCCCCCACGGGGCAGAGGAGGGCACGGCCCUGCCCCCUAAACGGCCCUAUGGGACCGAGCGGACGCCGAGCACCGCCAGCGCCAAGACACACGCCCGGGUGCUGAGCAUGGACGGGGCCGGGGGGGACGUGCUGAGGGCGCCACUGGCCGGCUCCAAGGCGGAGCUGGAGGCCACCGAGCCUGCCCUGCUGCCCCCCGAGGCCCGCCGGGGCCCCUCCGCCAACCAGCCAGGCUGGCGCGGGGAGCUGCAGGAGGAAGGCGCCGUCGGGGGAGGAGCACCCGCGCCCCGCCUCCAUGCUCCGGCUCCGUCCCUCACCCUCGGGGCCUCUCUCUGGGCAGCGGCCGAGGACACCGGCAAGCGGGAGCGCUCGAGCAGUGUGCGGCGUGCCCAGGCCAUCCGGAGGCGCCACAACGCCGGCAGCAACCCCACCCCUCCCGCUUCCGUCAUGGGGUCGCCGCCCAGCAGCCUGCAGGAGGCCCAGCGGGGCCGCGCCGCCUCCCACUCCCGGGCGCUGACGCUGCCGUCUGCCCUGCACUUCGCCUCCUCCCUGCUGCUCACCCGGGCCGGGGCCAACGUGCACGAGGCCUGCACCUUCGACGACACCUCCGAGGGCGCCGUGCACUACUUCUACGACGAGAGCGGCGUGCGGCGUUCCUACACCUUCGGCCUGGCCGGCGGCGGCUACGAGAACCCCGUGGGGCAGCAGGGGGAGCAGGCAGCCAAUGGAGCAUGGGACCGCCACUCGCACUCCUCCAGCUUCCACUCGGCCGACGUUCCCGAGGCGGCGGGCAGCCUGAACCUGCUGCAGCCGCGGCCCGUGGUCCUGCAGGGCAUGCAGGUGCGCCGUGUGCCCCUGGAGAUCCCGGAGUUUGACCUGCUGGACCAGGACUCCCUGCACGAAUCCCAGGAGCAGACACUGAUGGAGGAGGCGCCGCCCCGGGCCCAGCACAGCUACAAGUACUGGCUGCUCCCCGGACGCUGGACCUCCGUGCGCUAUGAGCGGCUGGCCCUGCUGGCCCUGCUGGACCGGACCCGUGGGCUGCUGGAGAACGUCCUGGGCGUGGGCCUGAGCAGCCUCGUCGCCUUCCUGGGCUAUCUGCUGCUUCUCAAGGGCUUCUUCACUGACAUCUGGGUCUUCCAGUUCUGCCUGGUCAUCGCCUCCUGCCAGUACUCCCUGCUCAAGAGUGUCCAGCCUGAUGCGGCCUCUCCCAUGCACGGCCACAACUGGGUGAUCGCGUACAGCCGGCCCGUCUACUUCUGCAUCUGUUGCCUGCUCAUCUGGCUGCUGGACGCCCUGGGCUCGGCGCAGCCCUUCCAGCCCGUCUCCCUCUAUGGCCUCACCCUCUUCUCCGCCUCCUUUUUCUUCUGCGCCCGGGACGUGGCCACUGUGUUCACGCUGUGUUUCCCAUUCAUCUUCCUGCUGGGACUCCUGCCUCAGGUCAACACCUGCCUCAUGUACCUGCUGGAGCAGGUGGACAUGCACGGCUUCGGGGGCACAGCUGCCACCAGUCCGCUCACCGCGGUCUUCAGCCUCUCCCGCAGCCUGCUGGCCGCCGCCCUGCUCUACGGCUUCUGCCUCGGGGCCAUCAAGACUCCUUGGCCGGAGCAGCACGUCCCCGUUCUCUUCUCCGUCUUCUGCGGCCUCCUGGUGGCGCUGUCCUACCACCUGAGCCGCCAGAGCAGCGACCCCACCGUUCUCUGGUCUCUGGCCCGGAGCAAGCUGUUCCCCGAGCUGGAGGAGCGCGGCCUGGAGACAGCCCGCGCCGAGCCCCCCGACCCGCUGCCCGACAAGAUGCGCCAGUCGGUGCGCGAGGUCCUGCACUCCGACCUGGUCAUGUGCGUGGUCAUCGCCGUCCUGACCUUCGCUGUCAGCGCCAGCACCGUCUUCAUCGCCCUGAAGUCGGCGCUAGGCUUCGUGCUGUACGCGCUGGCCGGGGCCGUGGGCUUCGUCACGCACUACCUGCUGCCGCAGCUCCGCAAGCAGCUGCCCUGGUUCUGCCUGUCCCAGCCCGUGCUGAAGCCACAGGAGUACAGCCAGUACGAAGUGCGCGGCGCCGCGCAGGUGAUGUGGUUUGAAAAGCUGUACGCGGGCCUGCAGUGCGUGGAGAAGUACCUCAUCUACCCCGCCGUGGUGCUCAACGCCCUCACCGUGGACGCCCACACUGUCGUCAGCCACCCGGACAAGUUCUGCCUCUACUGCCGGGCGCUGUUGAUGACGGUGGCUGGGCUGAAGCUGCUGCGCUCGGCCUUCUGCUGCCCGCCCCAGCAGUACCUGACCCUCGCCUUCACCGUGCUGCUCUUCCACUUCGACUACCCGCGCCUCUCCCAGGGCUUCCUGCUCGACUACUUCCUCAUGUCGCUGCUCUGCAGCAAGCUGUGGGACCUGCUGUACAAGCUGCGCUUCGUGCUGACCUACAUCGCGCCCUGGCAGAUCACCUGGGGCUCGGCCUUCCACGCCUUCGCCCAGCCCUUCGCCGUGCCCCACUCGGCCAUGCUGUUCGUGCAGGCCCUACUGUCGGCGCUCUUCUCCACGCCGCUCAACCCUCUGCUGGGCAGCGCCGUCUUCAUCAUGUCGUACGCACGGCCCCUCAAGUUCUGGGAGCGUGACUACAACACUAAGCGCGUGGACCACUCCAACACCCGCCUGGUCACACAGCUCGACCGCAACCCUGGCGCCGAUGACAACAACCUCAACUCCAUCUUCUACGAGCACCUGACGCGCUCCCUGCAGCACACGCUGUGUGGGGACCUGGCGCUGGGCCGCUGGGGCAACUACGGCCCCGGAGACUGCUUCGUGCUGGCCUCUGACUACCUCAACGCGCUGGUGCACCUCAUCGAGGUCGGCAACGGGCUUGUCACCUUCCAGCUGCGCGGCCUCGAGUUCCGGGGCACCUACUGCCAGCAGCGCGAGGUGGAGGCUAUCACGGAGGGCGUGGAGGAGGACGAGGGCUGCUGCUGCUGCGAGCCAGGCCACCUGCCUCGAGUGCUGUCUUUCAACGCCGCCUUCGGGCAGCGCUGGCUGGCCUGGGAGGUGACGGCCAGCAAGUACGUGCUGGAGGGCUACAGCAUCAGCGACAACAACGCCGCCUCCAUGCUGCAGGUCUUCGACCUCCGCAAGAUCCUCGUCACCUACUACGUCAAGAGCAUCAUCUAUUACGUGAGCCGCUCCCCCAAGCUGGAGGCCUGGCUGAGCCACGAGGGCAUCACGGCGGCCCUGCGGCCCGUGCGGGCGCCCGGCUACGCGGACUCGGACCCCACCUUCUCGCUGAGCGUGGACGAGGACUACGACCUGCGCCUGUCCGGCCUCUCGCUGCCCUCCUUCUGCGCCGUGCACCUGGAGUGGAUUCAGUACUGCGCCUCCCGCCGCAGCCAGCCCGUGGAGCAGGAUUGGAACUCGCCGCUGGUCACACUGUGUUUCGGCCUGUGCGUGCUGGGCCGCCGGGCGCUGGGGACAGCUUCACACAGCAUGUCCGCCAGCCUGGAGCCCUUCCUCUAUGGGCUGCACGCCCUGUUCAAGGGAGACUUCCGCAUCACCUCCCCGCACGACGAGUGGGUCUUCGCCGACAUGGACCUGCUGCACCGCGUGGUGGCGCCAGGCGUCCGCAUGGCCCUCAAGCUGCACCAGGACCACUUCACGUCCCCCGACGAGUACGAGGAUCCGGCUGCCCUGUACGACGCCAUCGCGGCCAACGAGGAGCGGCUGGUCAUCUCCCACGAGGGCGACCCAGCCUGGCGCAGCGCCAUCCUGAGCAACACGCCCUCGCUGCUGGCACUGCGCCACGUGCUGGACGACGCCUCGGACGAGUACAAGAUCAUCAUGCUCAACCGCCGCCACCUCAGCUUCCGGGUCAUCAAGGUGAACCGCGAGUGCGUGCGCGGGCUGUGGGCCGGCCAGCAGCAGGAGCUGGUGUUCCUGCGGAACCGCAACCCCGAGCGCGGCAGCAUCCAGAACGCCAAGCAGGCGCUGCGCAACAUGAUCAACUCCUCCUGCGACCAGCCGCUCGGCUACCCCAUCUACGUGUCGCCACUCACCACCUCGCUGGCCGGCAGCCACCCCCAGCUGCGCGCGCUGUGGGGCGGCCCCGUCAGCCUGGGGGCCAUCGCCCGCUGGCUCCUGCACAGCUGGGAGAGGCUGCACAAAGGCUGUGGCGCGGGCUGCAACAGCGGCGGCAACGUGGAUGACUCAGACUGCGGCGGCGGCCUCACCUCGCUCAGCGCUAACCCCCCCCUGGCGCACCCCACGCCUGAGAACACGGCGGGCGCUGGCGACCAGCCCCUCCCUCCAGGCUCUGGCUGGGGCCCCCGGCCCCCCCUGAGUGGCUCUGGUGACGGGCGCCCCCCUCCUCUGCUGCAGUGGCUGCCCCCUCGGCUCCCAGGACCACCCCCUGCUUCGCCUGCCCCCGCAGAGGCCCCCCGGCCCUCAAGGCCCUCUGGCCCUGGCCUCCUCGGUCCUGAGGGUCCCAGCGGGAAGUGGAGCCUGGGGGGCCGGAAGGGGCUGGGGGGAGCCGAGGGGGAGCCAGCCUCAGGGAGCCCCAAGGGAGGCACCCCCAAAUCUCAGGCUCCCCUGGAGCUCAGCCUCAGCCCGGAGGGCAGCACUGACGCCUCGCCCCCCAGAGCCGCCCUGGACACUCCCCACUUGGACAGCAGUGCUCCUGAGAGCCGAACCCCCACUGGGGCCCCAGGCGACUGGCCUGUCCCUGCCGAGGAGCGCGAGAGCCCCGCGGCCCAGCCCCUGUUGGAGCACCAGUACUGAGCCUCCCGCCCUGGGUGCCAGCCAGGCGGGAUUCAGGACUCGACCUCGGCCUUCAGGCCUCCGUAUGCUGGACCACGGAGCUCAGAGACUUCAGCUCUCACCUCUGAACCCUGACCUCUAGCUCGCUGGCCAGAGCCCCGGAGCUGGACGGCCUAUCUCUGACCUUGAUCCCUGACUGAUCCUCCCGGUGUAGGGUGUGGGCUUCCCAAACCGGGGCCAGCCCCCUCCCAGCCAGGCCUUCGAGCCGAACCUAUGGGCUGGUCCCUCCUGGAGCCGGCCACCAGGACUGACCGUGGCUCUGUGCUGCCUGCAGGCCCAGACCUGUGCUCGAAACGCGGGGAGGGAAGAGAAGGUGUUUCUUGGCCUUUUCUUUCCUUUUUUCUUUUUCUUUCUUUUUUUUUCUCCGUGCUUCGGAGACACCAGAAUUAAUAACACUAUUUUUGAUUUUG